AUGGAUGCAGCGCUGACGAGGGUAGCCAGGUGCCCAGGGCGCUUGCCAAGUCGCCCACUGGCCAGCGCGUUCUGCGCCGGGCAGGGUCCUCGAGCUCUGCAGGUCUCCGCCCUGCCUGGAAAGGAAGUGGAACGGACGCUGUGCUUCGUCCUCACGUCAAGGAGUUGUAGUCCAGCACACCACCACCACCAGCCAGGAAAGGGCCAGGAUGCAGGGCUGCCUGCUGCCCCCUCGACGCUAGUGUCCUCUGCCCAGGAAUUUCAAAUCUGCAGAGCAGGGUGCUGCAGUGGCUUCCACCGAACACUCUGGCGACAGCACCCCAGGAGGCCACCUUCUGGCCAGCAACCCCAUGCUUUGCGGCUGCAGGGGAAAGCAGGAGCCCUAGUUUUCAGGCUUUCCUGCCAGAGAGGUACUGGAAAGGCCAUAGAAGGAAAGUCCCUCAUUCCACAGGGAAAGAAUGCAGGGAGACAGAGGGCAGAAGUAGGGGAGCAGCGUUGGAAAGAUGUUUCUGGCCUAGGAGGCUUGCACCAUCCGAGUCCCGGCGGCGCUAUAACAAAUAAAUUCACCCCAGUAUUCCGGGAGGCCAAGAGGCCCAGCCUCUGUGGCCCUGUGACCUACAGUUAUUGGAGAUCCACAACUAGGAAGUCAGGACCCCCUGGAAGCCUAGAAAUGGGACUGUUGACAUUUAGGGAUGUGGCCAUAGAAUUCUCUCUGGAGGAGUGGCAAUGCCUGGACACUGCACAGAAAAAUUUAUAUAGGAAUGUGAUGUUAGAAAACUACAGAAACCUGGCUUUCCUAGGUAUAUGUCCUCAGUUUGCUCAAAACCUUUGGCCAGAGCAGGACAUGGAAGAUUCUUUUCAAAAAGUAAUACUGAGAAGAUAUGAAAAAUGUGAACAUGAGAAUUUACAGUUAAGAAAAGGCUGUAAAAGUGUGGAUGAGUGUAAGGUGCACAAAGAAGGUUAUAAUGAACUUAACCAGUGUUUCAUAACUACCCAGAGAAAAGUAUUUCAAUGUGGCAAAUGUUCAAAAGUCUUAUAUAAAUUUUUAAAUUCAGACAGACACACUGGAAAGAAAACUUUCAAAUGUAAAAAAUGUGUCAAAUCAUUUUGCAGGCUUUCACACAUAACCCAGCAUAAAAGCAUUUAUACUACAGAGAAGUUUUGCCAAUGUAAAGAAUGUGGAAAAACAUUUAAUUGGUCCUCAACCCUCACUAAUCAUAAGAAAAUUCAUACUGAAGAGAAACCCUACAAAUGUGAAGAAUAUGGCAAAGCUUUUAAUCAAACCUCAGAUCUUACUACACAUAAGAUAACUCUCACUGAAGAGAAGACUUACAGAUGUGAAGAAUGUGGCAAAGCUUUUAGCCAAUCUUUAACCCUAACCAGACAUGAAAGGAUGCACACUGGAGAGAGACCCUACAAAUGUGAAGAAUAUGGCAAAGCAUUUAGCCAAUCCUGCGUUCUAACCAAACAUAAGAGAAUACACACUGGAGAGGAACCUUACAAAUGUGAAGAAUGUGGCAAAACAUUUGUAUGGCCCUCAACCCUAACUAUACAUAAGAGAGUGCACACAGGAGAGAAACCCUACAAAUGUAAAGAAUGUGGCAAAGCAUUUAGCCAAUCCUCAGCCCUAACCAGACAUAAGACGGUACACACAGGAGAGAAACCCUACAAAUGUGAAGAAUGUGGCAAAGCAUUUAGCCAGUCCUCAGCCCUAACCAUACAUAAGACGAUGCACACUGGAGAGAAACCCUACACAUGUGAAGAAUGUGGCAAAGCUUUUAGCCAAGUCACAUACCUUACUGGACAUAAAAUAAUUCAUACUGGAGAAAAACCCUACAAAUGUGAAGAAUGUGGCAAAGCAUUUACCCAAUCCUCAGCCCUAACCAUACAUAAGACGAUGCACACUGGAGAGAAACCCUACAAAUGUGAAGAAUGUGGCAAAGCAUUUGUAUGGCCCUCAACCCUAAUUAGACAUAAGAGGCUGCACACUGGAGAGAGACCCUACAAAUGUGACAAAUGUGACAAAACUUUUAGCUAAGUCACAUACCUUACUGGACAUAAAAUAAUUCAUACUGGAGAAAAACCCUACAAAUGUGAAGAAUGCGGCAAAACAUUUAUAUGGCCCUCAACCCUAACUAAACAUAAGAAGAUUCACACUGGAGAGAAACCCUACAAAUGUGAAGAAUAAUAAUGUGGCCAAGCAUUUAGCCAAUUCUCAACCCUUAUUACACAUAAGAUAAUUCAUACUGGAGAGAAACCUUACAAGUGUGAAGAAUGUGGCAAAGCUUUUAAUCAUUACUCGAAUCUUACUACACAUACGAUAAUUCAUACUGGAAAGAAGCCCUACAAAUGUGAAGAAUGUGGCAAAGCCUUUAAAUGGUCCUCAAAUCUUACUAAACAUAAGGUAAUUUAUACUGAAGAGAAACCUUACAAAUGUGAAAAAUUUGGCAAAACCUUUUACCAGUCUUCAAACCUUACUAACCAUAAGAGAAUUCAUACUGGAGAGAAACACUAA